AUGUUUUGUUUAGGUCCGGUGGAUGACAACCUCUUCCAAUGGGAAGCUGCAAUUAAGGGACCAAAAUAUAGCCCUUAUGUUGGAGGAACCUUCCAUGUCAUUUUCAAAACCAAGGUGUUCCACCCAAAUAUUUCUGACAAAGGAGAUGUCUAUCUCUACAUGUUGGACAAUGGAUGGGCUCCUGGUUUCACAAUUCCUGAUGUAUGUGUUUCAUUUUCUAUCCUAAUGACUCUUUGGGGAAUGCUCCUUACCCCAAGAUUGGAGCUUCCUGAUAAGGUGAACGAGAAUACUCUGGUGUAUGUCUCUGACAGGGAGAAGUUUAAUAGAAUAGCUGCU